GCGGGGAGCGCCUGAAACAGCAGCAAAUGGUCCACUGAUGUCGCCGAAAUGGCCCGGCCAAGGCUAUUGGCAUGUUGAGAAGUGAAGCUGAGGGAAUCAAGAAGACUUGGAGUAAAAAAAAAACGUGGCGAUGCAUCCCGCGCGCAUUCGCCGGCACCGGUCGUCUUCGAACGCAAGUUCGUUGAGUCGGCCAAGUUUCGAAGCGACGAAGCCGACUUUCGUGGAAUCGUGUUCGCCUGGCCUCAGAAUGGCGAUCGCCGCAUGGGCUCCUGAUCACCUGAAAGCUGCUGGAAACGAGGACCCGCUUGAACUAAUUUCGGCUGAGGCCUGCAGCUCAGAAAGUCGGGCAAAAUGGUCACGCCGUCGGAUCUCAUGGCCAAACGCGUAGGUUAAUGACCGUCCCAUGAUGACUUUGCUUGUAAUCAAACACGGAAACGGACGCGUCAAAAGGCAGUGCGCAGGUUUCGG